AUGUCCACCUUCAACAAGCCAAAGAUGGUUACCUUCAUAGGAAACUGGCAUCGCAGUACUCAGUACCUCCGUGGCCACAGCACUCAAAGUAUGAAGCCGUACAUGUCAACGCUGUCCACAAGAAGCACAGUCAGAUUGGUGGACGAAUACAAUUCUACAAAAAUUUGCUGCUUAUGUUUCAAGGAGACACAGAAACAACUGGUGCGUGAUGAGGAUAAUAGAAUGAAGAGGAACCUCGGUGCCGUUACAUGCUUUAACCCUGAGUGUCCAAAAAGGCUGGCUAAACAAACUACCAUGAAUCGUGAUGAGCAAGGAGCGAGUAACAUUGCCCUCAUUGGUUUUCCGGCACUGGUCUCACUUGGCAACAAGGUGUUGCCUCCUUUCAGUCGAGUUCAAAAUCCUGAUAGGUACGUCUUAUCCCCCACUUAUUCACAUGUCUUUGCACGCCAGACUGGCAAUAUGAGGACACCCACUUAG